CGAAUACUGGUGGGAAACAAAACAUGGGUCUGGAUGCUGCUGCUGAUGAGAAUAUGGAAGUGAACCUCUUCAGUCGUCACUGAAUCUUCUGGACCUCUCUUUUAAAGCUUUCAAGGCAGUAAAGACAAAGAAUCGACGCUUAGAAGAUGUCUGACAGAGGUGACCUGAAAGCUGAACUUGAGCGCAAAAAACAGCGUCUCGCCCAGAUCCGAGAAGAAAAGAAAAGAAAGGAAGAGGAGAGAAAAAAGAAAGAGUCUGAGGUACAGCAAAAGACAGAGAAUGCAUCAGAAGACUCAGACCUGGACCGCAAGAGAAGAGAGACCGAAGCUCUCCUCCAGAGCAUUGGCAUCUCACCUGAACCACCUUUAGUGCAGCCGCUGCAGCUUUUAACAUGGGAUACCUGUUAUUUUCAUUAUUUAGUCCCAACCCCUAUGUCUCCCUCUUCGCAAUCAGUGAGCACACCCAGUGAGGCGGGGAGCCAGGAGUCCGUGGACGGUGGCACAGUGGCCAGAUAUAGGACGCUGCAGUGGGACACAGACCCCUCAGCUCUUCAGCUUCUUGCGGACUCUGAGCAUGGGUGCAGAAUGAGGAGACUUGGAGCAUCCAAGAUUGUUCAGAUUGACUUCAUGCCGAAAGAAUUGGUUACUUACUCUAAAGAGACCCAGACUCCUAUAGACCCAAAUCUGUCUGAAGAGGAGGAAGAGGAUGAAGAGCUGCCAGUGGCUAAAAGCGACCUUCAGUCUGAUGAACAAGAGGAGGUAACCCCUCAGGAAAUGCAGCAAGACCAUCCAAGGGAGCUGACAGAGGAGGAGAAGCAGCAAAUCAUUCACUCUGAGGAUUUCCUGAUCUUCUUUGACCGUAGCAUUAGGGUGAUGGAGCGUGCUCUUGCAGAAGACUCUGAUAUUUUCUUUGACUAUAGCGGCCGUGACAUGGAAGACAGAGAGGGGGACACUCAAGCUGGAUUAAAUAUGUCUUUCAAUCGACAAUUCUAUGAUGAACAGUGGUCGAAACACCGAGUUGUCACCUGUCUGGAUUGGUCACCACAGUACUCUGAGUUGCUGGUGGCUUCAUACAACACUAAUGAGGAUGCUCCACAUGAACCAGAUGGAGUUGUGCUGGUCUGGAACAUGAAGUUUAAGAGGACCACUCCAGAAUACAUAUUCCACUGUCAGUCAUCUGUGAUGUCAGUGGGUUUUGCACAGUUUCACCCAAACUUGGUGGUUGGAGGCACUUACUCAGGGCAGAUAGUGCUGUGGGACAAUCGAAGCCACAGGAGGACACCAGUACAAAGGACACCUCUAUCUGCUGCUGCUCACACUCACCCGGUGUACUGCGUCAAUGUGGUGGGAACCCAAAAUGCCAACAACCUAAUCACUGUGUCCACAGAUGGCAAGAUGUGCUCCUGGAGCUUAGACAUGCUCUCUCAACCACAGGAAAGUAUGGAGCUGGUCUACAACAAGUCCAAGGUCGUGGCAGUCACUGGGAUGGCCUUCCCUGCUGGUGAUGUGAACAACUUUGUGGUGGGCAGUGAGGAAGGGACCGUUUACACAGCCUCACGACAUGGCAGCAAAGCCGGCAUUGGUGAAAUGUUUGAAGGGCACCAGGGGCCUGUGACUGGCAUCAGUUGCCAUAAUGCAGUGGGACCCAUCGAUUUUUCACACCUGUUCACCACCUCAUCUUUUGACUGGACAGUCAAACUGUGGUCAACUAAACACAACAAACCACUCUACUCAUUUGAGGAUAAUGCUGACUAUGUCUAUGAUGUUAUGUGGUCUCCUGUCCAUCCAGCUCUCUUUGCCACAGUGGAUGGAAUGGGUCACUUAGAUCUAUGGAACCUCAAUAAUGAUACAGAGGUUCCCUCUGCAAGUGUGACAGUUGAGGGGUCAUGCGCCCUGAACCGGGUCAGGUGGGCAUCUGGAGGCCGGGAAGUAGCAGCAGGAGAUUCAGAGGGACGAGUGUGGAUCUAUGAUGUUGGAGAGCAGUUGGCCGUGCCCCAUUCAGACGACUGGAACCAACUGGCACGUGUUCUCGUUGAAAUCCGAGCAAAUGCAGAUGGAGAAGAGGAAGGUGCCGUAGAAAUGACUGGCUGAAGGCAAUACACCUGUGUGUAAAUUUACAUUCAGUACAAUAAAGCUAUGAGAGCAGAUGAUAAAUAUCAGGAUUUGGGGCCAUUCUGAAUCGCAUUGCAAACCAUGUUGGAAAAAGUAGAUAUGAAGAGGAAGUCAAAUAAAAUAAAUUGGUUGUCAUUAAUAAUGUAAACAACAUACAUGAUAAACAAACGUGGCUUUAAAAUGCUGCCCAAAAGCAAUGCUUAUGAAGUCAUUUAUUAAUUGCUAGAAUACUUUCCAACUUAAAUAACUCAUCAUUUAGUUAAAUCUGAGCAAAUCUGAUUUCAUUCACUUGUACUGAUGGGAAGUCCCAGAUAUAACUUGUGAAGAUGCACUGAUACAUACAUCUAUAUUGGUAUUGAUUAAUAGUUUAUACCCAUUAUAGUUGAUUAAUCUUUAAAGAUUUUGUUUAGGGGUCAUUUCUUCAGUAGGAUAGCAUUCCACAGCUUGAAUGCAGUCAUUUAGAUGAAUGAAGUUAAUAACGAUAUAGGUGUUGGAGGUAAAAGGAGUACUUAAGGGUUUUUCAGCCUGAUGACCUGUCCAGGGUUUUUCCUCCCUUCCGCCCAGUGAGUGCUGGGUUAGGCUCCAGCGCCUCCUGUGACCCAGGAGGAUAAGUGGCUUAGAGGAUGAGUUAGUAAAUGAGUGUGCUGCCAUCAUUUACCACAGACAGUACAAGCCUGUCCCAAAGUGAGAGAUCAGUUUGAUCUUCGUUUAUUUCAUUUCCAGGAAAACAGCCACUAAGGACAAGUUAUGAGAUAUUUCUAAGGACAUUUGAUAUAAAAUAAUGCACUUAAUAAAUAAAAAAAAAUGGGAGUUUCCCAAACUGGAGUUCAGAAAAUCAUUAAAAGAUAUAGUGAAAAAAAUGACUCCUAACAAGCGUAUAAGACCUGGUAGGCCACCAAAACUGCCCAUAUAUGAUAAACAGCACUUAAAGCUUUUAUCUUUGAGAGACAGAAGAAAAUCAUGCUCCACUUUAGCUUCAGAUCUAAAGAAAUCCACAGGUGGUUCUGGCCAUCCUUCCAGUGUGACAAGACAUAAUUUUGACUCUGAAAGGAUGUGUCCUGAGAAAAGGAAAAACAUUUGCAGAUCAAACAAAGAAGCUGCUGGAACCAGACCUCAGCCUCACUGAAUGUGUUCGGGAUUACUUGUAUCGAGAGAAGCAGAAAAUGCAACCAGCUUCUUAGACUAAAUUUUGAAGGUGUGGAAAAAUAUCCCUGCAGGUGUCAUUGAAAAACUGGAAGUAUGGAUCCCAGAAAGUAUGGAAGCUGUAAUAAAGGCAAAAAUGGGACACAGUAAAUACUGAAAAAAUUAAUAUUUAGAUGGUGGGAUUUUCUGUUAAUAUGUGUUUCCUGCUUUUUUUUCUUGAACAGCUUAAUGACCUUAAUUGGCCAUCUUGACAGUAAAUGAUAUAAAUGAAGGCUGAUCUCUGACUUUUCCACAGUACUAUAAUUUUGAUGCCUAGGAAAAAACUGAAAACCUGUUGACUUGGAGCUCACUUGUAGGAGAAGCAAGUGGGCAGUUGCUAAAUUCUGUGAAUGCAUGUUUGAAAUAUGCGAUUACAUGAAGUGAAUUUGAAACUCGAGCCAUUACACUUCAACAGUAAAGAUCUUAGAAUGAGACAGACAUGGAAUGUCUUAUCAGAGCUGUUCUUAUGAAGUUUUAUGCAACUGGUAGUAUUCAUGCGCUGACCCCACCCCUGCCAAAUAUAGCAGGAUCACAUAUCCAUCCUUUGCUGUGAUCACACUUCAUUGUGCUUCUGCCUCAACAGGCCUAUUUAUAACACGAGUGUUGAUUAGCAGGGACUGUGAGAUUUAAGUCUCGAACACAUGCACAUGAGAAGUGAUAAAUGGGCUUUGGGGGAGGGUCGCAAGUAUCAAAGUAAGCAGCGACUUUAAUUUAGGGUAUACUGGGCAUAGUGCUUUUGAUUUUGUAGGCUGCUGCUGUGUGUUUUUUGCUUUUUGUUUGUUUUUAGGUUUUAAUUUAUACUGAUUGGAAGUGCAUGGAUAGUAUGAGGUAAUACAAAUGUUUUUUUUCCCGUCCUUAAUGUUCAAGAGUAAAAAUGUUGUUCUUUUCUAUAUAGGCAUAUUUUCAAAAUAAGAUUUAGCAUAAUGGUUUAGCAAUUAGCAUACUGAAUAAACAUGCUGUGAGACACA